AUGUCAAAGGAAGAGUUAUUCGCUUCGGAAUCUUUUAUCCCUUUUGUGCAGCAUUUGUAUGCUCACUUGAAACCUUCUCAUGAAAAAGAAAAUCUAUUCUUUUCGCCAUUGAGCAUCUACUCUAGUCUUGCCUUGGCUUUGUGUGGUGCAACUGAGCAAACUCAUCACGGCAUCGCGCACACCCUCUUUGUAAAAACUGCUCAUCUACAGGACUACGCUUACACUCUACAGCACCUUGGCGACAGAAUUAAGGAAAUAAAGGCCAGUGACAAAUUGGACACUCUUAAGCUGGCUAAUGGCAUUUUCUGUGAUGCUGGAUUCGAAGUCAAUCCUCACUUCACGAAGGAAGUUCAGACUUACUUCCAUGCUGAAGGGAAGCAGGUAGAUUUUGCUUCAAACCACGAGAAAUCAAGGCAAACCAUUAACGAAUGGGUUGAAAUGCAUACCGAAAAGAAGAUUAAAGAACUACUGCCAAGUGAUUCAAUUGACAAUAGCACACGACUUGUUUUGGCAAAUGCCAUAUACUUCAAAGGAACUUGGGAGAAGGUUUUUCACCGCGACUUAACUCACGAAGCACCUUUCCACACACUGGAUGGAAAAGAGGUUACUGUGCCAAUGAUGAAGGACAAUGGAGUGUACGAGGCAUACGAAUUCAAUGAGAUUAGUGCUACCUGUGUCAAAAUUCCAUUCAAGACUUGCCAUAUGCUAAUCGUUUUGCCCAACGAUAAGAAGGGUCUGCCAUGUUUGUUGAAAGAUCUUUUGAAUAUGCAUCAUCCUAGCCACUUUAAUGCCCUCUUCAAAUCCUCAAACUAUCAAAAAAGUAGAUAUGACCUCAUAUUGCCCAAAUUCAAACUUGGAGCCAAUGGAAAAUGUAUGGAUUUGAAGGGACCAGUCUCACAAAUGGGAGCUGCACAUAUGUUUGAUCAGAGUAAAGCCAAAUUCGAGCGUAUCACAACGAAGGAAAGGCUUUAUGUUUCAGCGAUGGUGCAUAAAGCUAUGAUCGAGGUGAAUGAAGAGGGAGCCGAGGCAGCUGCAGCCACAGGAAUGUCGAUCAUGCCAAUGUCACUUGUGCCCUGUAUUGCAGCCGAUCAUCCAUUCCUCUUCUUUAUUGUCACUGACAAUGAAUUCCCAGUAUUUGCGGGUCAUGUGAUGAAUCCACUGGAAGAAUAA